AUCUGGCAGAUUGGACAGUUCUAUGCUUAUUGCGCACUCGGCACCCAACACACAUCGCAAUUGUCCAAAGACUGGGAAUUUGGACAGCGAAGCGAGCGUUUCGAAGGCUUGCUCUUGAGAUAAGACGAGCUUGACUCGCUUGGAAUACUUCGGCGGCUAUAGCAUCGCAAGACGAAUAUAAGAGUGCUGUAAUGCGCCUCAAUGGUAGGUCACAUCAGCUCUCACAUCGCCUCUUUCCACACUUUCUUCUAUACAGUCUGCCUGGCGCUGCUGUUGCUUCUCUUCUUCGAUCACUGGUGAUCUCCUGCUUCCUACUUUCCAAUUUUCUCAAGUCAAAGCAUACGAUUCAUUCUUCGGACCUACAUCACCGCAAAAGAUAUACACCACAAUAUCAGCAAACAUGCAGCUCAACUCAAUCACCCUCCUCGUCACUCUCCUCGCCACCUCCGCCGUGGCCUUCCCAACCUACAACAAACGCGCCACCGCACGCUCCUUUGCCGAGCUCUCCAUCAGCGACGGCACCGCCGGCUCCGCCAAAGCCGACGCACUCGCCAAAUUGCCCAUCGACAUGUCCGACCUGGCCGCUGUGAGCGCCGAUGAUCUUGACACGCUCAAGACUGAGCGCGAGACCGCCGAGGCAGCCGAGACGGAUGCAUUCAACCCGGCCAUCGAGGCAGCCAGCGGCGACGAGGCGACUGCGCUCCAGAACGGCAAGAUUGCGAACAAGGUGCUGAAGCUGACGUUUGAGGUUACGGCGCUGCAGGUGCAGCAGGCGCAGGGGGAUGAUGUCGCGGACAAGAUCGCGGUCGAGCAGAAGAAGUUGGACACCAACAUUGCGCUGGAUGAGAAGGCGGCUGGGGAGGCGAUGGUUAGUGUGGACUUUUCAGGCUGAGAGGCGGGCAACAGAAGAUACAAUGAGGCUUGUCUAGAUUAGUACGGGCACAGCAGUACUCCACUAAAUACAGCAUCUAGAAAAAAGGCCUUGACAGCUUGACUGUAUGAAUGAUCUUCAUAUUCUUUACAUUUCUCGUCUAACCGUAGCUGAACUCUCCAAAAUAUCUCUGUCACACCAGCUCCGUAACCAGCUUCCCCUGGUU